AUGGGAUGGAUAAAUUUAAAGAAGAAUAGAAACAUUACACCGAAAGUGGAGUUCCAAUUCGAAGAGGACUUGAAGGCUACCACUGAAAACAUCGAGAAUGUGUCUCUAAACGAGUAUUCACAUCCUCAAAAAUACCCCUUCGUUUCCCCUAAAGUAUCAGGCUCCCAGCUUCCCUUCAUCCCGGCGACUGAAGUCAGAAAAGGAACGUCAUCUGAAGUGGGUGGUUUGCUAAUAGUGAUAGACGAAGUAGUCUAUGACUGCACGGAAUUCGCAACAGAGCACCCGGGCGGGGAAGGCAUUGUAGAGGGCUUUGCAGGCAGCGAAUGCAGCUGGCAAUUUUGGCGGUUCCACGGGAAGAAGGAAAUGGAGGUAGGGUGGAUUUUAAGGGUGGGGAGAACGAAGGGCGUAAUGAAUAAAUAUGCAGAGCCGAUGAAAUGGGUUGGAUUAAAGACUCUUGGGGAUAAUGAUUGGUGA